CCGCCGUCAAACUUCUGCCCUUCGCCGCAGUCGCCAAGUCGCCGGAAAAGAAGAAAACGAAGAACUCGUUUCUCCCGCGGAGUUUCUCUAACAAAAUCCUCAAGAAAACUAGUUUCUGGAAGAGGAAGUCGGGCAGGAAAGAGAUCGCGCGGUGGAAAUCGUUCGACCAGCUGCUGAAGGAGGAUCCAGAGCCGUCGGAUCGCUACUACAGUUCGCUUCCAACGCGGGAGAGCAAAAGUAACAGCGAUUUUACUGCGUCGGAGGAGUGUAAUUCGAGCGGUAACUCUUCUUCAGAGGUAAAUUUAAAUUUACCCGAGGCGGGAAACGAUGUCGUGCAGGAACCAAAGGAGGUGGCUAGUGGCAAUAGAGCAGGUGGUAACGACGACGUUCCUUCGGAGUCAACCACGAGCAUCGACGGCUGCGCUAGUACCAACUCUUCUACUAACACAAAGAAGCAAUGGUCAAGUGAGGAGAAGGAACAGUUCAGUCCGGUGUCGGUGCUGGAUUGUCCGUUUGAUGAUGAGGAUGAGGUCUCCUCUCCUUUCCAGCAAAGACUCGCUCGUAUGGAAGGAACCAAGAAAAAACUCAUGAAGAAGAUUCAAAGGUUCGAGUGCCUUGCCAAGAUUGAGCCAACGAACCUAGCCAAAAGAUUUGCACCUCACCAAGACUCCGAUAAUGAAUCCUCUGGAUCCCCUGUACCACACUCCUCCGCUCCCAUGAACAACAAAUUCGCAUCUGACAUAGAAGAAGAACAAUACGAGGACUUAGAGAAUGGAGCAGAGCGAAAGGCAUUGGAAUUGCUUCACCAAAUGCAAGCCACCCUACAAUCUUACACCCUCAAACUAAAGACAAACAGGUUGCUACUGGACUUCUUCAAAGAAAGAACUGACAAUCAAAAUUCCGAUAAGCGUUCCUCAGUCCAUAAAGAGCUUUUGCAAGAAGCAGAAGACUGGAUUAAUGGUCGAGAGCCCCGGGGGCUGUUUGUGGCAUGGGAGGUGGAGAAGAAUAGACAAGUUUAUCUUAGAGACAUGGAGAAAGGAGGGAAAUGGAAAGCAUUAGAUCAAGAAAACCAGGAGGUGGUGUUUGAGUUGGAAUCCGAGGUUUUUGCUGCCCUGUUGCAUGAGCUGUUGCUUGAUAUCCCACCUCUCGCCUAAGUACAGACGACUUUAGUCCACAAAAAAAAAAAAGCCUCGCUCUAAAUUGAAAACUUGAGUGACUUGGAUUGGAAAUUGAUGUGUUAAUAUGGGAUAACUUGAGAUUGAUUAAGUCACUUUGUAACUGGGUGAAGAUGGUUCGAAACUUCGAAUGAUGGAAAAUUCCAUCUAAAUUGGGUUUCGCCAAACCACACAGAUUAUAUAGCAAGUAUGAAAUACUUUUCAUGUGAUUGGUCAUUUUUUUGAACUGUACACCAAUCACAUGAUAAGUAUCUUAAACUUGUCAUAUAAUUAGAUCAGGUUUAACCAAAAUCGAUCUGAAUUAGAAUUUUCCAUGAACCACUAUAUGCAUUCUUGCUUUCUGGUAGGAGGAGUGGUGGGGUUUUGAGAAUUUUGUAGGAGAGUUAGGUAGUUGCUUUCUCGCUUUAUUGCUGUGAAGCUAUUUGGCACUGUAAACUUGGUUUCAACCCCCAGUUGACAAGCUUACUGGUAGCAGGAAGUAGUUGAUUAUGUUGGAUCAAAUGAGCUAGCCAAUAUUUGGGUAAAGGUCCUUUUGGACUCAA